GUAAAACUCCUCCUCGGUGCUAGUCUAGUCGUCUCUUCCAAACUCUGCUCAUCAUUCUUGGAGUGAAAGCCGCCGCCGCGCCAGCCGUAUUCGCGAUGGGGUCUUUUCAACAGCCAGGCUAUAUGCCACAAGCAGACUGGAACCACGAGGGCGUGGCACAGAUCUAUGCCCCAGACUUUCCGGGUAAUGAGCACCCAGAAGGAUCGGGCUACAGCUUCACUAGCGACUCGACCACUGGAUCGACACUGGUUUAUGGCUACAGCCCGCAGAGUAUUCCGGCAACAGAUUUUCAUCUCCCGGGUGCCCCAGCAAGCGCGGGGAAACACUUGACCUCGCAUCGUUCAGCCACGACCACCGGAGUGGAGGAGGAGAAGCACUCGAGAAGAAUCAAGCGCACAAGAACGGCAUGUGAAGAGUGUCGAAAACGCAAACAGAAGUGUGAUGGGGGCGAACCUUGUCAGUCGUGUGAUGAACAGAGUACGGAUUGCAAGUAUCGUGAUGUUCCUCCAACGAAGAAAGACGACUCGAUGGAGAAGAUGGUCAAAAUUGCAGAGAAUUAUAACAAGACGCUGGCAACUCUGAACAGCGACAUUGACAUGAUGAACGCCACGCUCCGCGGUAUUGAGGCUCGAUUGAGCUACGGUUUGUUCCCUUGGCAGCGACAAGACGGCUACGCAGACCACAGCCCAUCGAGCUUAUCGUCUUCUUUUCGGCGGGAGUCGGAGUAGCAUUAUGAAUUGCAAACCAUUGCGUGACGACGGUAGUGGCAGUCCCUGCACAGGUCGAGCGAUUCGCGUCUGCGGGGCCGGGGUGUGAAAGACGUCUCUCAUAUAUUGGCAUCGAUUGGUGCAGGUAAUUACGGCCGUUGGUAGCAGAUCGCGCAUCAGGUAGCUUCAUAUCUGCGGGCGGCGUUAUGGAAAGGCUACUAGGUUCCCGUCUGUUGGAGUUAUUCAAUUUCAUAUUGGCGAAUUCACGAAUGGCCAAUCGGCUCGUCCGCGUGCGCUGCACUGCC